GAAAUUGGAUACUGCAUGAAGGCGGCAAAGUGGACUGUUUGCGUUACUUUGUUUGAUACACCCAAAUGAUCCCACCUUCAUUCUCAGAUCUAGGUAAAGAUGCAAGGGAUUUGCUUACCAAAAAAUUUCAUUUUGGACUAUACAAUUUCCAAUGUACUACGAAACACAAUGACAUAGAGUUUAAAGCCAACAUAAGUGAUGGACCGAAACCAAAUAAAAUGUAUUUCGAUCUUCAGCAGAAGUUAUCUUACCCAAAGUACGGUUUGAGUUUGACAAAGAAAUGGGCUUCUAACAAUGUUGUCGAUGCGGAAAUAGCUUUUGAGGAUAAGUUACUCGAUGGUCUGAAGCAAACAUUUAAGAUAUCUCAUGAUCCCUUUCAAAAGCGAUUCCAUGCUAAUCUAAUUAACUCUUUUCGAAAUGAACAUGUCAACUCGAAUGUUGAAAUGUUUUUCAAGUCUGCUGUGCCUGAUUUAUCACCGUCACUUGUCGUUAGCUAUCAAGGAUAUUUGAUUGGUGCUGAUGUUAAAUUGGACUGUGAAAAUCGUAUUCUACAAAAAGCUAAUUUUGCUAUUGGUUAUGCUGUUCAAGAUUUUGCAUUUCAUGGUUUAAUAACCAAUUGGGGUAAACAAUUUUCAGCCAAUAUAUUUCAACGGAUCACUGAUCAAACUCAUAUAGCAGGUUCAGUGACAUGGAAACGUGUUCCUGAUGAAAUUGCCUGGUCUGCUGGUAUUCAGCAUAUAUUGGAUAAUCGAAAGAAGCAUUCAGUGAAAUUGAGAUUAGAUCAUUGGAAUCAGAUCAGUUUGGCGUUUACAACCUAUUUGACAAAAAGUCUACAGUGUACGCUAAGCGGUGUUUUCAAUGGUCCUGAUAUACCCAAAAUGGGUAUUGGUUUUGAGUUGAACUAUUAAAUGCUUCUGUUUAUGAUGAUGAUGAUGUUUGUGUUUACUAACAACUUAUAAGACAAAACAAAUUAGAAGAAAAAAAAACAAACAACAAACAAACAAAACAAUAAAUCACAUUUUGGUUUCUUAGUCUAAAUUUUAUAGAGGAGAAUUAUUCACACUCACACACACACACGCACAAAUCACAUUAACAACAUAUCUGCCUAUGUGUUUGUGUGUGUGUAUGUAUGUACAAGGAGAAAAGCAGAAGCAGUGGCGGCAGCACCGGCGACGGCGGGAGUGUAGCAGUGUAGCACUAGCAGCUCAUUGGUUGCGUUGUCUUUAUUUUUUAUUUCACCCCGGUUUUUCUUGUCAUGUUUUGUUGCGCACAUGUUUAUCACAUUUCAAGAAAUUUUGCUGCUUUCAUCAUCACAUCGCCAUCAUCUAUCUAUCUAUCUAUACAGUUUGUAGCGUGUAUAACAUUUUAUUAUUAUUAUUGUGUAGAGAGAGAGGGUUUUUUUCAGUGCUUUCUGCAACAACAAAAAACAUACGCUUUAGUUAUUUGCAUUUUUUUUGUUUCGUCGUUUUAUUUUGUUUUGGUUAUUUCUUAGUGUGUUAUGUAAUGUUAUGUAAUGUAGUGCAAUGCAAUGCAAUGCAGUUCACUCACUCAUUUAUACAUUCAUUGGUUCAUUUAGUCAAUCUACUACACACACCCAUCAUCUCUGUCUGCCUCCAGUGUAUAUUGAUCACCUGUCAAAUGGCUUUGCCAUACACAUAGCCUUACUUAUAUAUUAUUAUUAGAGAUUUUUAAUCUUUAUGGUGUGAAUUAUUAUUGAACAAAUAUAUAUAAAUAAAGCUCAUUAAUAAUAAAUAAUAAAG